GCAGGUGAUUUCUAAAGAAGGAAAAAAACGCUAAUACAAGCUGGUACAAGAAUUUGAGGGCCUCAGUUUAAAGAUCAGUUGUAGAAGGCUGUGAAAACGUUUCUUUAUUUUCGUUUCCUCAUUGUAAUGUAUGGAUUAUGAGUUCCUAUUCAAGACCCAAAGAUCCUUUUCAUCGUCGGCCGAGUCUCUUGAAGGAUCAAGCUAAAACACGAACGCAAUGGAAUCGCCAUAGAACUACAUCAAGCCCAAGCAUCGAACACCUUUUUUGGGACCCUGUAGAUGACUCUCAAGGAUGGGUAGGAAAGGAAAGCGAAGACGACCUCGUUGAAGGUUCUGAAAUGUUUUUCAAUUUGAUGGCACUAAGGAAGUUGAUUGCUAAGUUAGAAGAAGAUGGCGAGAAAACGGUUGCGUCAGUAUACUCUUCAUCAACUAAGGGCAAAUCAUUCAGUCAACCAGUCCUCAUCUUGCUAUUAGAAAGAAUCAUAUUUUCAUUUCUAUAUCAGUCAAUACGAAAGCGUCCAAAGACAAAGGACACGUUAAGUCGUCUUGAAGAUCUUAACAUCAUCUUAAAAACAAUUCAACGUACAGUUGAAAGCGACGAAGCGCAUCGAGCACACCUUAGAGAUUCAAGAGAAACAAUUAACGAUGGUCAGCAAGCCGUGAAACAUUUGCAAUGUUUGUUUCAGAAACUGCACGAAAUAGAGCAAGACAUUUUAAACGGUUUCGCUGGUCUUCAGAAAGCUUUCACUGAGGUAGACAAGAAGAUGCCCGUAGAAACUGAGUUUCUCACGCCUGAACAUAGUUUGAAAAUGAACAGUGAAACAGGAACAUGUGCUGAUACAGUUCGAGUUUGUUCUUGCCUUGGACUUCGUAUUGAUUUUCUAGAUCACCUCGGUAACUUUUCGCGUAGAAUUAGAAACCACCGCUCAGUAAGGGACUGGAUCGUGAAAUUCUUGUGGGAAAAUUAUGAAUCUCUUCGUUUUGAUGAGAAAAGUUCUCUGAAAAAAGAGCUGCUACUUGCAAUCGGUUUCGAAUCGACGGGUUCUAUCGAGACCGUUUUAACACGUUCGCUCGCAGGAAAUAUGCAGCAGCACUUAGAGGCGUGGGAAUGGGCUGCGAUAUUUGUAGAAGACGAGUUCAAAUACAAUUUGUUGCUGUCUCCGCAGGUCGAGAAGUUUCCUUUUCAAUGUAAUUCCACAGAUACGUGGUUUCAGAAAUCCCAAAACAACUCCUUGAACGAAGAAGAAGGCUCAGUCAAAAUCAAAAAUGUUUCGUUAGAGAAAGGCGCAAUGCAUGAAAAGACAGGUUCUAUUCUAAGUGAAUUAUGCAUGGAACAAGACCAAUUCACUGUUUUUUUUCAUGGAACAGAUCACGACAGUGCAAAGGACAUUUUCCAACGGGGUGUAGAUUUGACCACUGGUCGACAGAGACGAGACUUUAGUAGUGGGUUGGGUUUUUAUGUAACGAAGGAUUUCCGAAUUGCUUUGAAUUGGGCGAAGAGCAUUACAUCUAAACCCGUCCUAUUGAUUUUUCAGGUCCAACGCAGUUUUGCUGAUAGGUUUCGAAAGAAAUCUUUUUUCGAAAACUGUGCUGAUGACAUGAUAGAAUGGGAGAAGGUAGUCGCUUCGUUUAGAUCAGGAAAUAUAACACCAGAAAUUCAGAAACUGGUCAAAGAUUUGGACUUUAUGGAGGGUCCUGAAGCCAUACUAAUUGGAAGAAACGAAAUCGACGAAUUGAUAUUUGAACGGAAACCGCGAUCUCACCAAAUGUGUUUCUUUUCUGAAACGAUUGCCGAGGAGUUCAGUCGAAGUUUGAAUUCGAUGAUAUUUUACAGUUUAUUUUGAUUUCAACUGUGUAUUUACUUGAGACUGCUUUUAUCUUUCUAACUUUCGGCAACAUCUCACAAUGAUCCGAAAGGGAAACUAUCUGCACAAUGAUUGCUGAAAUAUAACUUCAAGAAAGAAUUUUCAGUUUAGAGUUAUAAUUUUGCACUGCUCCAUUUGUUAGUUGUUUAAGAGUUGUGGUUAUAAUCCGCUGUCACGAAAUUUGUAAUAUCAUUAUUUAAAAAAUUGCUGAUACUGUAUAUGUCACUUAUAAUGUAGAUCGAAUAUUCGUACUUAAGUUUCAGGAAAAUUCUUUACUUAUUUCGAACUGAAAUCUAACAGAGAAUGGCAAACUUGCGCUUUUGAAAAAUGCCAGGAAAAGGUGUGCAUUAUUGAUACCUGAUACCAAUAACGUAGCUCCAUUUUCUGCCUGUAAAAGCACACACAACCCACAAUUCCUCUAUUCGCUCCGACGAAGGG